CCGCGCCCUGGUCUGCCAUGGCUGCCGCGUUCGUGCUUCGCGGCGUGUACCGAGCGCAACCCGCACUGCGCUCUUCGUCCGCGGAGCUGCUGUGGGCCCCACGGCGUGGGCAUCGGCUCACACCGGCGGAUGACGAGCUGUAUCAGCGGACGCGCAUCUCUCUGCUGCAGCGCGAGUCUCCGCACGCCAUGUACAUCGACAGCUACAGCAGCCGCGGCUUCACGGUCAACGGAAAUCGCGUGCUCGGGCCCUGCGCGCUGCUCCCGCACUCGGUGGUGCAGUGGAACGUAGGAUCCCACCAGGACAUCACUGAAGAAAGCUUCUCUCUCUUCUGGAUGCUGGUGCCCCGAAUAGAGAUUGUCGUGGUAGGCACUGGAGACCGGACUGAGCGGCUACAGGCUCAAGUGCUGCGAGCCAUGAGGCAGCGGGGCAUCGCUGUGGAAGUGCAGGACACGCCCAAUGCCUGUGCCACUUUCAACUUCCUGUGUCAUGAAGGCCGAGUCACAGGAGCUGCUCUCAUCCCCCCACCUGGAGGGACAGCACUCACUGUCCAAGCUGCAGAAUGAACCAGCAGGAACUAACCUGUCCAGGGGGAUUUUGACUCCUUUUGCAGAGUGCAGGGGUUCCCCACACACUUUCACCAGCCCCUCCCCUUUGGCACUGUAACACUUGACUUGCUUGCCAGCAUAUUAAUAAUUUAAUCUGUC